CACCAAUAGUAGUCAACAUUAUAAUUUACAACAUUAUCUCAACUUUGAUACGGUUAACAUUACACAGGCGACCAUGCAGUUGGUAAAAAUCUUAUCUUGUCGACAUACGAAAAUAGGGCAAUUAAUACAUGACAGAUAUUUAGUUAUAUUUUAAUAAGAGGAUGGUUUGCAUCUUAAUUGUUACACAGGAUUUAUCAAUAGUUUGCAUAUACGUUGUAGAUAUACAGAAAGUACAAAAUUGCACGUGUUAAAUGCACUAAUAUUACAUUGUAGCUCAACAACAUUUGUGAGAAAGAAGUUUUUUUUACAUCUUGCCAAAUAGAUACUUCAUUCCCGUGAGAAAUAAAACGAUAUAUAAUGGCGAUAAACAAUGAAGUGUGUAAAAGACUUUACCAGUGUCUGUGUGCGACGAUUGGAUCAGAGGAAGUCGUUUCUGUGAGACGACAAUUUUUUGCUUCAGCAGAUUACUUCACAGAAAGAUCAGACUUCGCGCUGAUUACCAGUGGCAGCAGAUCAGAGGGUCUAGAAAUGGGGAGUGAUUUAGACAUCAUGUGGCUAUAUCAAAAUGUGCAUAUAAGCGAAGAAAGAACAGAAGACUCGUUUCAAAUUCCGAAUAAUAUUGUAAUGGAUACUGAUGAAUGUAAACCUUGCUUUUCUCAACUUAAAGGGUACAGCUGUCAUUAUGAUUCAUUUAUAAAAUUGGCUCUUACUCCACAUGGACAAGAAUUACGACUUGAAAGUGAACGAAUUCGGUAUUUACUGCUUCUGAUUACCGGACUCUUUAGACCAUUUGACUUUCAUGGUCCAUGUGUUUCAGACGAGACCGAACAGGGCCUUUGUGAUAUAACUGUUUGUCUGAGAUGUCCAGUUUUGAUUAAUCAGGCACAGCCAUGGAUAAAAAGGGAACGUUACUGGCCGUCUCCGUGUUUAGUGUCACGUUUAUGUAGCUAUGGUACUUUGUUUGUUCUCAUAGGUUGCAAAGACUCAUCAAAUGAACAUUUGGAAUGGAGAAUUUCAUUUUCCGUUGCAGAAAAGCUUCUGAUAUUCUCUUUUACACAUACUCAGUUUUUAUGUUAUGCACUCAUGAAACUUUUAUUAAAGCAAAUUAUUGACAAUGGGAAUUUCAAAGGUUUACUCUGUUCAUAUUUUAUGAAAACUGUCGUGUUUUGGGUUUGUGAGGAAUCUAAUCCAUCCAUUUGGCGAUCAGAAAAUCUAUGGCCAUGUUUCAUGAAAUGCUUAAAACGACUCAUAUAUUGUAUCACUUACAAAUGCCUACCUCAUUAUUUUAUAAUUGCGAAUAAUUUGUUUGAGUGCAGAUUUAAUCGACUUCAUCUUGAAUUUCUUAAUUUUUUAAAUGACUUGUGGUCAAGGGGAAUAUAUAUGUUUAGUUGCUGUGAUGUGUUUUCGAACUUCUUCAAUGACGUUCUAUUUGGACAAACAAUGUCUGAUUUUGAAGUUGUUUGUUCGAAUCUUACAGCUGUAAGUCUUCAAAUAUCACGACCCCUUAUUCGGAUGUUUGGAGUGGUCAGUCUCUUACACCCACUUGAUCGUCAAUUUAACAGAGGAAAAUUGUUUAUCAAACGCUUUUUGAAAUAUGCAACAACUGAUUUCAUGCCAUUAAUAGUUUUUACUCAAUUUGGUCAUCUUGUAGGUAAAACUAUGAAUAUUCAUAGCGAAUGUCCUAACAAACUUAAAUAUAAAUUAGUGAAGCAAUAUUUGCCGUACUUAAUCAUUGGGUUACGCGUGGACGCGGUGUCAGGGUGGAUGUAUUUGGCAACAUACUACUAUUGUAUUGGAAAAUACAAAGUUUCUCUACAACUUAUACAUCAUGCUUUAAGUGAAUGUACCUCGGAUAAAUUAUUUCAUGUAAAUAAUAUACGCAUCGCUAAUAAUUUGUCAGAGAUUGAGAAAGAUGGAAUACGAAGAAAACUAUAGAAAUGCAGACAUCUCUACAAGAAACACGUUAUACAUGAGAUUUCUUUUUACUAUAAUUCUAGAGUCCUACCGCCAGAACUAGAUGUACAGUUAACAACAGCAACCUUUAUACCUCCAUUGGUAUAUAUUCGUUUUUUACGUUUUCUCUGCUUUUUUCGUUUAGAUGAAAAGUCUAAAUUUAAGCAGAACAUACAGGACCUACGAUCAUCUAUGGGUGAAAACUAUUUUAAUUGUGAGGAUACUUCACAUGGAGAAGUCUACAAUUGUUUAGCAAUAGCGUUGGAAAUAUAUGGAGAAAAGGAAGAAGCUAAACAAUACUACCAUGAUUAUGACCAGCUUAAAAGAAAACCAUUUAAGGGCUUCUAUUUUUAAUGUUUAAAAACAUA